UUGCGAGUUAAAAAUUGAAGCGUCCAAAUUGAAAGGAAAAUAAUAAUUGAGAGAGAUUAUGAAGUGCCAAUAGAAGCAAUCAGUUCAGCCCAAAGAGAACUCAAAUUUCUUGAACGUAGAGAGCGAAAGAGAAGAAAGUGAAGAUGAGCUGGAUAUCUUAUUUAUUAAUGACAGAAACUGAUGAAAGUUUAUAUAUCAUGGAUUUAAAGUAAUACUAAAACAAAAUAAACAAACAAUUGUUUUUGUUACUUUGAAAGUCCGCCGGUGGAAAACAAGAUUAUUCUAGCGUUUGGAAAUUUCGGUAAGAAAAGACUUCGGUUGCCCUGCUUCACCGCAAAUAAAUCCCACCGAAAAUAUAUGAACAUAUUUUCAAUUGGUCUAGCCAGGGGUACAGCUUUCGUGAAAAUUAAUCACACAGAGAGAGAAAUCACUUUCACUAUGCUUUCGGUAGACCUGUACCCUUGUACCCCAAAUCUAGCUAAGAACCAGGCCCCCGUGAUCUCGUUAUCUUCGAAAUUUGACUUCCCCCCUUUCAAAUGACAAUUGGAAACGAGGCUUCGCCAAAAGGGGCGGACCCAAAGGCCAAAACGAGCGAAGCAUUCGUAAUCAACACCAGCUGCAAGAACUGAUAUAUCUAUCACAAAGACUGAAGGCUAACAUAGCAUGCAAAGGAUACCAAGGAUAGUUGGGAACUUGUUUCAUGGAAUCAGAUUAGUUAGAAAGACGUGUCUGCCAUUGUCAAAUGGAGGGCAUCAGAAAAACUGGAAAAACUUCCGAAUAGCAUCAUACAGCUCUAGAGCAGUCUUCAGUAAGGAGUAUGAUUAUGUGAUUGUUGGGGCAGGCUCAGCUGGUUGUGUUUUGGCAAACAGACUGACUGAGGAUGGACAACACGAUGUCCUUGUCGUUGAGGCUGGGCCAAAAGACUAUUCUUGGGACUGGAGGAUACAUAUGCCUUCAGCUCUGCAGUAUAAUUUGUCGUCAGACACAUAUAAUUGGUAUUAUAUGGUUGAGCCACAGCAACAUAUGGAUAACAGAGUGAUGUACUGGCCACGUGGCCGAGUGUGGGGAGGAUCUUCUGCAUUAAACGCAAUGGUCUACAUACGAGGCCAUGCUUAUGACUAUGACGGCUGGGAGGCUGCAGGAGCAAAAGGCUGGUCCUAUGCUGAUUGCCUUCCUUACUUCAGGAAAUCACAAACACAUGAACUCGGAGAGGAUGACUACAGAGGUGGCAGUGGCCCACUUCAUGUGUCACGUGGCAAAAUGAAAAACCCACUUUUCAAAGCUUUCAUAGAAGCUGCGAUGCAAUGUGGAUACCCCUAUACAGAAGAUUUGAACGGUUUUCAGCAAGAAGGGGUAGGCCCAAUGGAUAUGACAACUUAUAAAGGAAAGCGAUGGAGUGCCUCGCAGGCAUAUUUACGCCCAAGUUUGUCCAGGAAGAACCUCAAGACAGAGACGAAGGCUUUAGUUACUAGGGUCCUCUUCGAAGGAACAAAAGCAGUCGGUAUAGAGUAUGUUAAAGAUUCACAAAUUCGAAGAAUGAAAGCGAAAAAGGAGGUGAUUCUCUCUGGAGGAGCUAUCAACUCGCCACAGCUCCUGAUGCUUUCUGGGGUUGGCAACCACACGGACCUAAAACGACACGGCAUUUCGACAGUUCUUAACAAACCUGGAGUAGGACAGAAUUUACAGGAUCAUUUAGAGCUUUACAUCCAGCAUGAGUGCAAGAAGCCGAUUACAUUAUAUAAAUCAUCAACAAAUUGGAUAAAUAUGGGCUUGAUAGGAAUUCAGUGGCUGACUUCUCAUACCGGGCUUGGAGCGUCCAGCCAUUUGGAAUCCGGUGGCUUCAUCAGAUCCAGAGAUGGUUUACGUCAUCCAGAUAUACAGUUUCACUUUUUGCCAUCUGCAGUCAUCGAUCAUGGGCGAAUCGUGGUCGACAGAGAGGCUUUCCAGGUCCACGUUGGUACACUGAGAGCAACAAGCCGUGGAUUCCUGACUUUGCGAUCACCUAACCCCCGUGAUCAUCCGAUUAUCCAACCAAAUUAUUUAGAGACAGAAGAAGAUCGUCGUGACCUGAGGCAGUCUGUAAAAUUAACCAGGGAGAUAUUCAGCCAAAAGGCCUUUGAUGAAUUCAGAGGACCAGAAAUGCAACCAGGUCCAAAUGUAAAAACCGACAACGAGAUUGAUGCAUUUGUUAGACAAAAAGGAGAUUCCGCUUAUCACCCAUCAUGCACCUGUAAAAUGGGUGAUGAAUCUGAUCCUAUGGCUGUUGUAAAUAGCAAAGGUCGCUUGAUUGGAGCUGAGGGUAUCCGAGUCGUAGAUUCUUCGAUCAUGCCAAAUGUAGUUAGUGGCAAUCUAAAUGGACCUACAAUAAUGAUGGCAGAGAAGCUUGCUGACGUCAUAAGGGGUAGAGACCCUCUGCCCAAAAGCAGUGCCCCUGUUUACAAUACGCCAUCGGCGGGGCAGCGUUAGAAUUUGUAAUAAACUAGCCUCAAAUUGUUAUUGCUCUUGUAUUCGUGAUAAACGUGACAAGUUUAACUUCCCAACCUAAAGAUACAGUAAACUCCCGAUGGCUCGAACCCCCGAUAACUCAAACAUUCGACAUGUUCAGCCUUUUCAUAGGGCCCUUAGACCUUCUAGUUAGCAGGUGCUUACCGUAUUGUUUAAACCCCUUAUUUUAAAGAUUUUUGCUAGAAAUACCUUAAGAAUUCUGAAAGAUUAACCUUUGUUUAUAGCCGGCUCUCUGCUCUUUGGCACUUUAUGUUCACUUCUUUUUACAAAUCUUAUGGUUAUGUUCAUAUGUACUGGCGCAUUUCGACAAAAAAUCACAUUUGCGACACCAGUGUAUUUGGUUUGCUUUUACUUUUUCGGCUACAUUCAGUCAAUAACCAUCUACUUAAGGCUUGUUUUGGCCUAGACUAAGAUUCUUGAAAGGAAACGUUUUCCCUGGAAGUAGGAAGCAUCUAGUUAUCGGGUCGUAGAAACUAUCUGAAGUUGGCCUUUCUUUAUUAUGAGCUAUUUUGGCUCAUGGCUUUCAAAGCUUUAAGUGUUGCCAGCCAACAAAGUUCUUUUUGUCACUAUUUCGUUUAUUAUAGAUAUAAGUAUAAACAAUUGCUCGAUUUUUUGCUAAGCCAGUUAUAUAUAGAGUACGACUAGAUAUUAUCUCAAUAUUCGCUUGUAAAAUACUUUUCAAUAUUUAGUUGAAAAAUCAGUUUUUGAUAAUUUGUUGAAUUACCUUCACGUUUUCUCAUAGUAGCCCUGCAAUAAACUUAAAUUCAAUUAUUACGACAUAGUGGAGAAUUUCCAGCAUUAAACGACGCUUUAUUUGUGAUAGUUUACAACAGGAAAACUUAAAGCGAUUCCAAAUGGGAAUAUAUUAAAGUCUUUAAUAUAUAUCUGUACAAUUUACUCAAUCAUUGCAAAAUGAAGUU